AUGGUCUCCUUCUCCUGCGAGGGCUGUGGAGACGUCCUCACAAAGAAGAAGCUCGAUGGCCAUCGCAACCAAUGCUAUGGCGCUACUUUUACCUGCCUCGAUUGCAUGGUCCACUUUCCUGGCACCUCCUACAAGUCCCACACGUCCUGCAUAACUGAAGACCAAAAGUACCAAGGAAAGCUCUACAAAGAGAAGAAAAAAGGUCCGCCCCAGAAGAGGGACAGCGCAUACCACGACAACUCGCAAGCCCUCACCCCGCACAACGCAUACGCCGAAGAUGCACCCGCCCAAGACAACGCCCUGGCUGUCGUCGAUGCCCCGCCGCGCGCGCCUACUCCUCCUCCAGCGGCGCAUUCCCUUGGUUACCACGAACAAGCGGCCAUUGAGGCUCCUAACGUCUUCGACUUCCUCGACCCCUCCUCGACGCCCAUUGCUCCGCGAACGGCAGCGCCCAUUAACGAAGCGCGCAUGCUCGAAGACAGACAGCCGCCUGCGUACGAGGACCAGUACAUGCCUACAAUUGACGACGUCAUGAAGUUUCAAGUGGCUGAUGAUGAUGAAACCUUUGCGCAAAAUGGCUUUUCGACCAAUCAGAUUCGCCCCUCACGAGAGCAACACGACUCAUACACUACGCCUGCUCCCAAGGCGAAGCACUCGAGAACCAAGUCGCGCGACACCGACGUUGAGACGACAAGCAAGAAGACGGAUCGCAAGCGCAAGCGCAACUCUCCCACCCAGCUUGACCUGUCGCUGGUUAGAGCUCAAGAUGAAAAGGAUACCAUGAUGGCUGAUGCGCCUGCAACGCUCCACUCUGGCCUGACUGGAGGGCUUAGCCGAUUGCUGGCUCGACCAGAAUUCCCGCCGUCGCCAGACGACUCGGGUGACUAUGCCAACUCGCCCUUGAGUCCCAUGAAACGUGCCAAGCAGGGUAAUUCAUCGGCGCUUAUGCGCGCACAGCGAGAGUACGAGGAAGAGCAGCAAAAGCAGCGCAAGUCUGACACAAAGGCACGCGAGCAGGCAGAGAAGAAAGAAGCGGAAAAGAAGGAAAAGAAAGACAAAAAGGACAAGAAGGACAAGGACCGUGGGCGCGAACGUGACCGUAAGGAGCGCAAGUCCAAUGGCACGUUGGUCAAGAUUCGAUCCAAGAAGAAGCGAGAAGACUCGACAAAGGAAGUGCGCCGCAUCCGUCGCAGGCAGUAUUCCUCGUCGGUUUCGCCAGCGCCCCGAGACCGCAAAGUCGUCAAAGCCAUUGAGUACAACCGGUCGGCCUCUGACUCUCCAGAGCCCAAUGGCGAAGGCCAGCUCAUUGUGCGCCCCAGCGGAGAUGUUGCGCCUUUCUCGCCAGACCUCAACUCCCGCGCUGGACUAUUCAUGUCCUUCAUCACCAAGGGCCCUGAUUCUGAGCGCGGCAUGAGCAUCAACAAAGCUCUGAAGCGAUACCACCGCGAGCGCCACGAGCACUUUGACCGUGUGCCGUCCAAGGCUGAAGAUGAGAAAGAGCUCUGGAAGGAUCUGCGCCUCAGGAAGAACGACCGGGGCGAGAUUGUUCUUUUCUUUGCCCCGGGCGAGGCUGCCUGA